AUGAGCUUGUCAAAAUCAGAGCGAGAGUCUAUUAUAUUAAAUGACGCAAGAGGAAUACAACAUCCUUUCUAUUACGUAAGUCAGAGUAAAGAUGGUAAAAUAUACGUAAGAAAAAGAAAGGUUCCAUUAGCGAAUGCAGAGAGCGACAACAUUAAGGUGCAUGGCACCGAGGGUGAAGACCACGAAGCCCAUAUAAAACCUUCUGUUCAAACUGAGCCACCAAAAGAACCAGAAGAAAAGAAGCCAGAUGUACUUUCAAUAACGAACCAAGAGCUUAUUGCAAAGUUCGUGAAUUUCAUUGAAAAACAAACCGAGUCAAAGAAUCCUGACCCGCCAGUGAAAGAAGUUGAGACAAAAGAGAAUGUACAGUUCAUUGAAAAUGUCAAGAAACAACUUCCACCACGAAUGCCAAGAAGAAGAGUGAGAAUAAUGAAGUAA